AAUCACACAGUAGUGCACAGUACCGUGUAUACACACCUAAGAUUCCUGCGCCGCGGCCCUCGCGGACGCCGGCUCUCCCGGCCUAGCACAUGCCAACUCAGUCAAGCUGGCCCGCUCGGUGCGUGGCUCGGAUACGAUACUGCGCGCUGCUACAAGUUGUGGCCGCGCAGCGAAGAACACCCCGCCGAUGAGAAUUGCAGCGGCAGAGCACGAUCACGACGACGAUAAAUGAACCCCGACGCGCCUGCCGGCCCGGCAAAGCCGGACCGGCCGCGGACUCCGGUGAGCGAUGCUGAAGCAGCUCGCGCUGGAGGCGAUCAGGUGCUCGUUUUGUCUCCGGGGGUGACCCUCACCCUCGGGCCCGAUGCUCUGCUCUUGUCUGGCCAGCUUGCAACCAAGCCCGAUCGCUCGUGUCUUUGCAUUGCGCUCCCAGGGUCUCGUGGCACGCCAAGCAGCAUUCCUUAUUACAACGUCCUCUGGGCCGAAAUCACCGGCGACCGGAGGUGGCUCCGGAUUGACUAUGCAGACCAGACGCAGCCGCAUCAUGUAGAAGUCCGCAGUGCCAAAUUCGCUAUUCCCGAGCUACCUAUCGAGCAGGCCACCCCCGGCGCGGGCGACCAGGUGGCCUCGUGGGUCGAGCAGCUCCUGGACCGCGCAUACCGCGGGUCGGCCCGCUGCAAACGUGCCUGGGUUCUCGUGAACCCACACGCCGGCCCUGGCGGGGCCGACAGGAUCUGGCAGGACGACGUUCGGCCGAUCUUUGAGGCAGCACGGAUGCCCCUGACCGUCGUGCGCACCAGCUACUCCGGCCAGGCGGUCGACUUGGCCCGCGAGUUGGACAUUGACAACUAUGACAUCGCCGUCCCCUGCUCGGGAGAUGGGCUGCCCCACGAGGUGUUCAACGGUCUUGCCAAGCGUCCGGACGCCCGCCGCGCCUUGUCCAAGAUAGCUGUGUGCCACAUUCCCUGCGGGUCUGGCAACGCCAUGAGCUGCAACUUGUAUGGCACCCACCGGCCGAGCUUGGCGGCGCUGGCUAUCGUCAAGGGUGUGCCGACGCCGCUGGAUUUGGUCAGCGUCACGCACGGGGACCAGCGGACCAUCAGCUUCCUCAGCCAGGCGCUGGGCCUGAUUGCGGAGGUGGACCUGGGCACUGAGAAUCUGCGGUGGAUGGGCGCCACGCGUUUCACGUUUGGCUUCCUCAAAUUAGUCAUGCAGCGGAAGACAUACCCGUGCGACAUUGCCGUCAAAGUCGAGAUUGACGACAAGGAGGAGGUGAAAAGGCACUAUCGGCAGCGGGUGGCACAGCCCGGGCGGGAAGUUUCAAAAACUGGCGAGCAACCUCAGGGACCCGCGGACAAACAGUCCAGUGUCUCGUCCUCGGCAGCCGACGCUACGGAUCGUCCGGACAGUGAUGACAGUCUCGGGCUUCCACCCUUGAAAUAUGGAACGGUCAUGGAUAAGCUGCCCGAGGGCUGGGAGCUCAUCCGUCAUGAGAAGCUCGGUAGCUUCUACUGUGGCAACAUGGCCUACAUGGCGCCGGACGCCAAUUUCUUCUCGGCGGCGCUUGCCAACGACGGCUUCAUGGACCUUAUCACGACUGAUGGCGACAUAUCGCCCUUGAAGUCCAUCGGGCUACAGCUGGCCGUCGAAUCGGGCCACUUCUUCGACAGUCCGCUCGUGUCGUACCGCAAGGUGUCCGCCUUCCGCAUCAUUCCGCGCAACCAAGAAACGGGCUACAUCAGCAUCGACGGUGAGGCCAUCCCCUUCGGCCCAAUCCAGGCCGAAGUCCACCAGGGCCUCGGCCUUACUCUGUCCAAGAGAGGCGCGUUCGAGGCACCGGGCCCACUGAACUGGGACACCGUGACUACCAGUGAACGGCUUUUGGCCUAGCAGUGUUCUUGGAAAUGCCCGUUAAACAAACAUCCUGCCAGGUGAUUGCUUGGUGACGUUUGUACCGUUUCUCGGUCCGACCUGCCAGGGCCUACCGCGGAGUUGAUCAGUGGCAUAAUUUCGCAUGAUAGGUGUCUUCGCUGGGUUGGACAAUGCCUAUCCCAGUGAGCCCUUCGCCCUUCGGACGGAUAAUGAGUUGAGUGGGAG